AGAGAGGGAGAUUAUUGGACAGAGACUUCGCUUUUGGAUAUGAAAAUGGCGGAGAGGUGUCUUGAUAUCAUGGCAUCGGGACUCAAGUUCAACAUUUGCAAUCUGGAAAGUUCGCAUCUCCCGAAUGAUGAAGUACAUGAUCUUGCAGAACGGAUAUGCAAACAUAUUCCCCACGAGUUACAAUACAGAUGCAUGUACUGGCUGAAUCACUUGUCAAGGUCCUAUGCCGAUGCGGCUUGUGAACGCCUGAUGCAACAGAAAUUGCUCAGCGUGUUUUGCGAUACAGCAUCACUGUAUUGGCUGGAGGCAUUGAGCCUUAUGUCGCAGCUGAAGGCGGCUGUAUCUAUUCGUCGAGAUCUUCCACGGUUGCCCAAGUACUCAGAAAUGGACGAAGAGCUGCGCAAAGCAACGGAAGACUUGUACCGAUUCGUGAUGGCAUAUCACGAACCGAUGGCGAUCAGCGCACCACAUAUUUAUAUUUCAGCAUUACUGUGGGCAUCGUCCGAGUCCAUCAUUGCAAAGUCACAUUAUCAGAGAUUCGCCAGUGGCCAUUUGGUUUUGGAAGGACUCGGAAAUUGUUGGCCUGUCACGUUGCGAACGUUAUCAGUGGGCUCUUGGGUCAAGUCAGCCGCAUAUUCUCCAGAUGGACGUUACAUCGUCUCCGGGUCUUCUGACUAUACCAUCCGCAUCUGGGAUGCCAAGACAGGUGCUCCUAUUGGCAAACCACUUCGAGGACAUGAAGACCCAGUCAAUUCAGUUGGAUAUUCCCAAGACGGACGUUGCGUCGCCUCCGGGUCUAAUGAUGGAACCGUUCGCAUCUGGGAUGCCGAAGCUGGCGCUCCCAUCGGCGAACCGCUCCGAGGGCAUGAAGGUUGGGUCAGUUCCGUUGGAUACUCGCCAGACGGACAUCGGAUUGUUUCCGGGUAUUGUGACAAGACCGUACGCAUCUGGGAAGCUGGGACGGGUGUACCUGUCGGUGAGCCACUUCGAGGGCAUAAAUAUUCGGUCUAUUCCGUCGGAUACUCCCCGGACGGACGUUACAUUGUCUCUGGAUCCGGAGACAACACCAUUCGUAUCUGGGAUGCCGAAUUAGGUAUCCCUAUCGGUGAGGCGCUUCGAGGACAUGAAUAUUCUGUAAACUCUGUUAGUUAUUCCCCAGACGGUCGUCACAUCGUCUCUGGAUCUGAUGAUAAUACCGUCCGUAUCUGGGAUGCC